AUGUCCAAGUCAGUGUCUAUACCACAGGCACUGUCUGACUUGAAACGGACAUCUCUCCGAAGGUUGAGCAGUGCACGUGGCGGAGGAAAUAAGAAAGAGAAGACAGUUACCACAUCAACACCGUUGAGUGGAUUCGUGAUAUUGGUAGAACGAGAGGAGAAGGUUGUCAGAUUGUAUGGAACUGCGGCAGAGAGAGCUGGUUUAAGUAUCGGAGAUGAGAUUGUCGGGGUAAAUGAUAUGCAAAUCGAUGGAAAGAGCUAUGAAGAGGUCACCACAUACAUUCAAGAAUGCAUCCGUCGAAAGAUCAUUCAGCUGAAAGUCAGACGUCGUGCUUUGGAGAUACCAGCUGAAAACGAGGCAUCCGUGUUUAAUUGCACUCAAUCCAACCGAAUGGUCACCGACGCUUACCUAGUAUCAGUGGACAAGGAUCACAUCAAAGAAGUGACAAAACGGUUAAAAAAAGAAUACCCUGAAAUUCAUACAUAUGAUAUGGAGUACAUUGCUGCUACAUCCGGUCCACCGUCAGUCGCCCCACGGUCUUCAAUUCACACAAAUGGAUUUGGAAUCGAGCGAGGAUCUCUGAGAAGGCCCCCUGAACAAUUUGAAAUGCAGGAGAAGAAAAGGAAAGAGCAAGAAAACACAUUUUUGAGAAGUUCUUUGAGAAAGUCGAAAAAAUUACAAGCACUCGCGAAGAAUGUGGAUAAUCCUGAACCAAUGAAAGUCACAUCGUUUGCAAAUCCAUUAGCAGAAGUUGAAGAAGUCAGCGUCAAGAAAAGUAUUACCGAGAAUGGAGCAACGAGGAUAGCUAUCAGUGACGAAGUAAUCGAGAAUUCAGAAGUAUUAAUUGAUGAUGGGAAACAAGAUCACAUGCAACUCGACGAAGUUAUCAUCUCUGUGGAAAGAAUAGCCUCGAAACUCUCCUCAAUGCGUGGACGUGAAAGUGACGUGGCAAUGCUCCGAGACUUUUUCGCUGCUCCACCCAUCCAGGCAGCCAUCGAACAAACUGUGAAACAGAAUGGAAAGUGUGGAACAACGUCUUCUGGAAUCGGAACUGAUUCUGGAGCUGAUUCCUCUUCCUGCACAUCAUCACCAAUUCCUCCAGUAAUAAUGAAUGGGAAGGCUGAAAGAUGUCCAUCAACCGCUUCAUCGUCUUCAGUAUCUCCCAGACCGAAUGUUAAAGUGGUUGAAGUGAUAAAAGAUGAGGAUAGUUAUCUCGGAGCCACUGUUCGAAAUGAAAACGAUCGGAUAAUUGUUGGGAGAGUAGUGAAAGGAGGAAUUGUGGAAAAGAUGAAUUUAUUUCAAGAAGGAGAUGAACUUCUCGAAUUAAAUGGAUCUUCUUUGAAAGGAAAACAAGUAAAUGAGAUCUGUGAUAUUUUGAGGAAUCUCUCCGGUCCUAUUACUUUUGUAGUUUCCCCAAAAGAAGAGACAGAACCUGAAGCAAAUGCAGAUCCAGCUACUGCAAACUCCAACUCAGCUUCCUCAAAAAAAUCUCAACACGUUCAACAUCUUCGUGCUCUUUUCGAUUAUGAUCCAGAAGAUGAUGUUUAUGUACCUUGUAAAGAAUUGGCUAUGAAGUUCGGACGUGGAGAUAUUCUUCAUGUUUUGAAUACUAAAGACGAUAAUUGGUGGCAAGCAUAUAGAGAUGGAGAAGAUACACAACACUCAUUGGCAGGGCUAAUUCCAAGUUCUUCAUUCAGACAACAAGUUGUUCUCUAUGCUGAUGAACUGGAACGAGAGCAAGAACAGAAGCGAAAAGAGUGUAAAACAAAGAAAAAGAAGAAGUUGGAAGUGAAAAAAGGAGCUGACGAAGAGAAUUUACCUGCAAUCGGAGUUUAUUCUGAUUUUCUAACCUACGAGGAGGUCGUUCUAGAACUUCCAAAAGCCACCCAUCGGAGACCUAUCGUUCUUUGCGGAGCCGAAGGUGUUGGAUGUCUAAAAUUGAGAGAUCGUCUUCUAGAAUCCGAUAGAAUCACUCUGGCAUGUCCUGUUCCUUAUACCUCCCGACCUCCGAAAGAAGGCGAAUUCAACGGAGUUCACUAUCAUUUCGUAUCGAAACAGAAAUUCCAUGAAGAAGCGAAAUCUGGAAAGUUCGUUGAAUUCGGAGAGUAUCAGAAGUUUUGGUAUGGAACAGCAAAGAAGGACGUAGUUAAUGUCAUUGAACGAGGAAAAACGUGUGUGAUGACAUUGAAAGCAGAGAGUCUUGGAGCCAUCCGAUCUCCAGAUAUCCAGCCACACAUCAUUUUCAUCGCCGCCCCAUCUCUUCAUAUACUCAGACGACAAAGAGAAGUUGAAGGAACAUUUGGAGUGAAAGAUGACGAGUUGAAAGGAAUUCUCAAUCAGAGCAAAAUUAUAGAACAGAAAUACGGUCAUCUAUUCGACGGAAUAAUCGUCAACAUCGAUUUCGAGAAAUCGUUCCGUGAAUUGAAACAAAUUCUCAUGAAGGUCAACACCGAGCCAAUGUGGGUACCUGCCACGUGGACUGCUUGCUGA